CCCACUAAGAGAUCAACUAACUAGCACACACUCAGUUAUACAUUCUUUUUAUUCCCAAACAUCCAUUAUUGUUCUUAUUAAUACCACCACAGUAGCAAUAUUAUACCCUGAACCAUUAUUAACAUUAUUACUGAAAAAAGGAACCAUAGAACCAGUGUUGUAAUGUUGACAAAGUUAACAAGUGAGAAGUAUGAACAACCUCACUUGCUUAUCUGUCCUUGUUACCUUUACAUUGAUUAAUACAAGUUAAUGUGUUGAUGAUAUACCAAGUUAACACCGGUGAACAACACCUGUAGUGAACAACACAUGAUGUAUCAACAUAGAGAUUUAGGAAGUUGUCAAGAGAGAUAUUGACAUUUUCAUAAUUCAGGUGAAGCUUUAACUACAGUAUGGCUGAAACAAAUGAGGAUUCAGUGGAAAUAUUAAAAGAGUUGCAAAAAGAAGCAAAGGAAAAUGAGAAGGGCAAAGAGGAACAUCUUAAAACAAAUAAGACAUCUACUGAAAACAAAUUUCUAGGAAAGCAUGAACCUGAUAGUGAUGAGUCUAAGGAGGCGUUAAGCAAAGGUAUUAACUUUGAAGAGGAUGAAUCUGUUUUGGUAGAAAGCAAAAACCCACCGGAUAAAAGCGCAGAGUUAAGUUCUAACAAGUUAUGUGAUAACACUUCAGAAGCUUUAAAGAAAUUACAGUUUCAUGGUAAAACCCAGACUGCCACACUUAAAAAUAUAAAUGUUAUAUCUAAAACUUAUUUUAGAGAUGAAGAUGAUAAAGGUCACAUAGAAAUGAGUGACAUUGAAAAAGCUAGCUCAUUAGAAAUGCAAAAUGAAGAAUUGAGUAAAUUAAGUGAUAAAAAGGAAAUACAUGACAAGACAAUAGGUAAACAUAUCUUAAUGCAAAGCAAUGAGUGUGAUAAUCAAGUAGAAAUAAAAGAAGUUAAAAAUGAAAAUGUUUUUGACGGUCUACAAAUUUCAGAAGAAAAAUGUAAAAGCACAGCUAAUAUACCUCAAGGUGAUGAUAAUAACAGUGACACAAGUAAAAAAGAGUGCGAAGAAAAGGAGGAUUAUCUGGAAACGGAAGGAGAGGAAGAGGAUUCGGAAGACUCUCCUUCACACACUGCAAAAGAAACAGAAACAACAGAAACGGAAACUGAAGAUUCUGAUCAUGAUUUUCCCACUGAAGGAUUACUGAAGGAACUACAUUUUCUUAAUGCCAGCUGUGAAAGGCCACUAAGUAAAAAGAAUUCUUUGCAACAAAUUCAUAAAACCCCCAAGAAGCAAAGAAAAUUGGAUUUUGACUCGCCACCAGACUCAAGUUCCUCUGUUACUUCAGGAAAAGUUGUGUACAAGAGGUUAUCUUCAAGAAAGAGAACUAAAACCUGUGCUCCAUCAUCUGGCAAGACCUUUCAACAGGUGACAGGUGAUGAAGAGGAGUCAGAUGAAGAUGAUGAAGGCAGCCUUACUAUUGUAGCACAGGAAGAUAAACGCAAGAAGAGAAAAGGGGUGAUUUCUCCACCCAGAUCCAAGAAAAAAGUCCGUGGUGAGAAUGAGGAUGUUCCUCAGGAAGUCAUAGAAUUAAUACAAUCUGGUAUUGAUGAAGUGCUUGAAGAGAAGGCAGAACGGACACACCUCACGGCUAUCCAUGUUAAGAACAUUAUAAAGAAUGUGAUGACUGACGAAAAUGUGUUGGCCAUGGUUCGUAACACAAUUUUGGGCAUUCAUGGCGAAGGUUCAGAAACAUCUGCAGUAUAUGAGCCAACACUAACAAGAGCUAAAACAAAGGAACUUAUGGAGCAGCAAGCAGCAGGAGUUGGCAGUGGAAACAUAUGGGCAGGCCUCUCAAACAGCAGUUCAUGUGGGACCACCUCACUCAACCCUGAGACUCGGGCACUAGUGACCACAGACUUUCCUGAGGAGGAUGAAGAUGAGGAAUACAGGCCAGAAGUUGAUGAACUUUUACCUAGUGAUGAUGAGAGUUUGGUGUCAACUAGUUUUGGUAGUGAGGUUGGAUCACCGACAACUCCAUGCACACCCUCUGCAACAAACGUAUCUUCAACUACAGUGCCUUUGCAUUCUCUUAAUACACCACCAUCUUCCAGAAUGAGCACUCCAAAAAAUCAGCGAUUAAUGGCCUUGAAAACUCCAAAUGUGCAGAAAAAGAGUGUCCAGAGAAUCCUGGAUUUUGAAGAAGCACCGUGUAAAGAGGAGGUUGUAAGCCAGAGAACAAGAUCAAAGUUGCCAUUAACAGAAACUCCACUCGAGUGUUUAGAAAUGGCAUUUAAACCUCCUGAUGUCACAAAGGACAUGUAUGAAACUGAAGUUGAUAAUGAUGAUUGGAAGACCUUCCUAAUUGACUUCAUUCAUCCAUUAAAGAACACUGAAGCUGGAGAGGAUGAAGAGGCUGAUCCUGAGUAUAAUAUCUUAGAGGAUAAAGAGGAUGCAUUGGAUUUGAAGGAGGAAAUGAGAGGAGAUCGAGCUGUUCAAAUUUCAAAGAAAGAAAUUAAUGAGCUGAUGAUUGAACUUUUCGACACACUUGGCAAUAAUGAAGGUACAGAAUCUCUUCGAAUGCAUCUCUCUCAACUUAGUGGCCAGAAAGAAAUUAAGAAGUCAACUGGUAAAACAAAUUCAAUGGGCCAAGCAAGUGAAAAUAAGGAUGGCCCAUCUCCUGGAACCAUUUGGGUGGAGGCUCUGACAGCAGAAUUUACCAAGACUCAAUUACAAAUUCUUCAGUGUCAGAUGGUUCAGCAUGUUCAACUACUGGCUACAUCAUCACUCAUUUGCUAUGGCACUUCUCUUCUCGAUCAUGUGGCUAAUGGUUGCUUAGACCACCUGGAAACUCUGAAGAAGACUGCUGAUGAGAGUGACUUCAAGCAAACUUUCUUUCAUCCAUUCAAUCUGGACCCAGCCAUAGAAACCCUAAAGAACUUCAAGAUUAAAACAGCAAACAGUGUUACCAGUGAUACACAACUAAAAACUUGUACAACGGAGUUGAAUCCAGUAGUAAUCGAAGCAAUAUUGGAGUCGUUAGCUUUUCCAUAUCCUCGUCUGCUGCCAACCCGCAUGUUCCAGCAUCCAAACACUAGAGGCUUCAGCAAAACAAUUUUUGUACCUUCUGAGGAUAUGUUAAUUGCCUUAGGCUUGGAACGUUAUUUGGAUUCUAAAUAUCGCCAAGAAAAAUGUAAAAAAAACCAAUACCGACACCUGUUGGAAGCACUUUCGUUGACGGUUCAGAAUAUUUUGGUAGGAAAAACUUUAAGCCAAGCAACAACACGGGUGAAGAAUAUUAGAUAUCGCACAAAUGAAGCUCCUAAUAAUCCAAUACUGCAAUACUUUGAGACAGGUAAAGUGGAUCUUACACCAGCAGAGGUAGAGGCAUCACUGCCUUGUGUUCCUUGUCCUGUGCAAAACUUUCCAGAGUCUUCCUUGAAAAAGCCUUACCAAAGCAUUAUACAAAAACGUAAUGCUACUCUUAAACUUGCAUUACAAGAGAUUUCUCUGAAGGCAGCUCAGGCGUUUGACACAAGAGAGAGAGAAGCAAAAUAUCGUGGUGCUUUAACUUUAAAAAAACCGAUUCAGAACAUUGUGAUCAUUCAGUCUUCUGGAUGUAGCAACCGACUUCCAUUAACACCUGAUACAGUGCAACCGUUCACCACCUACAGCCAUAUUGUUAACCCAAGCGUUGUUUAUCACCCUCCUCCUCCUCCUCCUCCUCCUCCUCCUGUUAAUAUCCCCAAAAUACAUGUGGUGAGGAUGCAGGAUUUGGAAUCCUCAGUGUGCAAAGCUCAGAGUAGCAGUUUUAACCAAUCUGGUUCUUCUGUCAAUCUUGGCACUCAGGCUACUUCUGCUGAUACUCUUAAACAAGACUGUUCUAGUAAUCAAUCUUGUGAGGAGAUUAUGAGGGAAAAUGAAAUUAAUUUAUCAGCCGACUCGUUGCCCUCAAAUCCCGGAUCUAAUUUAAUGUCAAGUAAUGAUGGAGAAUCUGGUAUAAUGUCUGUAGAUAGGUCUCGAUAUGAAGAAAGUGGUAGAGGGGAUACUGCCAGAGAAAUAAAAUCCCCUCCAAUGAAAACUUCAAAAUUAAACUGUGAACCUUCAAAAGCAAUACUGGAAUUGAAUGAGAGUUCUGAUAAGAAUGGCAAUAGCAUUAAGUGUAUUACACAAGACAGUCAAAAUCACAGUUAUGCUCAAGUAAAUACAGAUAAUAGGGAUAGAAAAGGAGAUAUUAACCUGAAACAGAAGAGAAAAUGCAAUGAGGACGCUGAUGAUAGUAUAACAAGUGACACUGAAUCCUUACCAGAUUUAAUUGGAAAGCCGAAAGAAAAUGAAAAGAUUGGCAAAAUUAAAAUGAAGAAUGAUGAACAGUUUAUAGGUAUAUCAUCAGUAGGUACAGUGGAUAAAGGAGAGCUGGACAUUCACAGACCACCACCAAGAACACAUUCUGAUAUACCUGUUGAUAUACCUUCUUUGUCAACCACUCCAAAUAAGUCUAAUGAUGUUUCUUUAUCACCACUUGACACUCCAGCUACCAUAAUACCACCAAACAAAUCUCAUGAUGCACCUGUUAAGGUAAUAGGACAUGUCAAACAAACUGAUCUUUCCUCCGUUGCUAAAAAAGAUGAAAUAAAAUUGGUAAAUAGAUCUAGUCAUGGAAGUCACUUGGAACCUGUUGCAUCCAUCGCCUCUCGUGUAAUGCCAUUGUGUAUUGCAAGAUUUUCAAGUGAGAAAAGUGUUCCAUUGUCUGAUAAAGGUACAGGGCUUAAUGCAAAAGAAUCUCAAAGUGAUUUUUGCAAAAGGACCUCUUUGGAAAAUAAAAAUGUAGUGGUACAAAAUCCUGUGGUGCAGAAUGCAAACUGGACUCCAGAAUUGAUGUCUGCAGUUACACAGAAUCAAGCUUCCACCCAGAGCACCAGCAUAACUCUUGUAACAUCAGUUUACCAAAGCCCAAUUUUCUCUUCAGAAGUAGACAAAGCUAGCCCAUUAAACCUAAUUCACAUCUCUCCUCAAAAAACAAAGGCAACUUACCGAAGGAUUUCACCUGCAAAGAGUUUCAGAGCUCCAAUAAAAACCUCUCCUUUAAAACAGGUCUCGCCAAUUUUACGCAAAUAUCAUAAAUAUUCCCCAAAGAAGAGACGCCUGAGAUCUGAAAAAAAGCUUUCCCCAAUUCUGCCAAAAGUAUCACAUCGGUCAAAUAGUUCACAGAGAAGAUUGGCACCUAGACCAUCGAAGAUGUCUUCAGCUUUUCCAGAGAGCACUAGAGGACGACACUGUAGAAGAGGAACAGGAACAGAAAGCUUUCUACAUGGAAGGAAACACAGAGGUGAUGGUGAGCUGCUUCAGCUUGAUGAUGAACUGAUGGAGAGUAAUGUGUCUGUCUCAGCUGGUGCCACCAUGAAUGUACCUCAGCCUGUGACACAAGCUCAUCAACCUGAGGAAGACUUUGAAGAAUAUUCUCUGGAAGAUGAGGAUGAAGAGGAUGAAGAUGAGGAAGACGAAGAUGAAGAAGAGGAAGAGGAGGAUUCAGAGGCUGCACAACAAAGAGAGGAACAUCUGGCAGCCCUCCUGAAGGCCUCAUCUACCAUAACAUUAAGAAGAGGUGGUGGAGGAGAUGGAUUUGAUAAAAGAUUGAAUGCUGUUGGCGAUGUUGGCCAAGGAGAGAGAAAGCUUACAAAACAACAGCGGAGACUACAGGCUCGCAUUACUGCUCUUUCAUAUGUGCCAGAUACUGUCAGCCAAGACAAAUUUAUGGCUCAGAGUUACUUGAUGAGAGUUAGAGAAGCAUUAGUGGCAAAAGAUCCUGCAGCUUUCAAAGAGUUUUUGUGUAUUCUCAAUAAAUUCACAGAGACCCCAGGCCAGAGCCCUCUUCAACUUCAUAAUCAGCUGUCUGAGGUUUUAAAAGAUUUUCCACAACUGAUGGAGGAAUUUGUGUCCUUCCUUCUUCCUCAGCAAGCGAUGAUCCUAGGCAAAUAUGCUCAAUAUUGUGCCAUUCAUCGUAUGAGAGAUUUUCUUGAAAAGUUAGAGUUACAGUUCUGCAAACAACCUAAGUACAUUCAAAAAAUUAUACGGCUGCUGCAGUCAAUGCAGAAUGAUUCUAAUCUGAAUAUUGAAGAAGUUAAAGCUGCAAUAACACCUCUUCUCAAGUAUCCUCAUUUAGUGGAGUGUUUUACACAGUGCUUUCCAUCACAGUCUCCACCUCCAAGCUUACAAAGCGACUUUGAGGAUGUAUUGUUGGAAAAUCCAGGAACUCCGGAUAGUAUGGAGAGCUUGAUCCUACCAGAUGAUGACAGUCAUACCUCUCCAAACCAUUGUGUGUGUCCAUGUCAUGCUUCAGUUACCAGUGUACUCACUAGCAUUUCAGUAACUCAGCACACUACAGCAAAUUCAGCACAUCACAAUCACUGCCGCUCAUGUGCAUUAAGGUUUUCAGAAGGUCGGAUAUAUCUACAGUGUGGCAAAACUCUCCGUCCAGCUAAGGUAACUUAUCAAACAGACACAAAAAAGGAAGAACCUGGUGAAAAAAAUAGUCAAGGUCAGGCAUGUGGAGGCAACAUUCACACUGUAACUGACAACAGUGACACUUUCGUGAAGGUAAAAAGUGUAACAAAAGGAAAAAUUUCCCAUUUAAAGGAUCCAGGUGAUGGUGUAAAUACUCGAAACAAAGAAAAUGCAAAUAAAAUAAUGUCCAGUAGUAAUAGUACAAACAGUACAACACAUGUAAAUAACACAAGCUUGUUAAAGGGUAGAAUUGAUACAUCAAGUGAAGAAUACUUUGCAAAGGAUGACAGUAGCAUCCAGACUGAAAAGCCAAACAUUUUUGUUAAAAUUAGAGGUGAAAAUGUAGAAACUGUUAAAGAGCCUCUUAAUAGCAAAAACUUUGAAAAUUUAGGUUCCAAAAAUGAAGGUCUUUUGGAUGGAAAAACACCUUGUACAAAAAAAACUAUCAGUAAUAGAAGUUAUGAGAAAACUGAAGUUAACACAUGUUCAGACACUACUUUGGCAAAGUCUUCCAGUUAUAUUAGAACAAGUUUGUCCCAAGCUAAUAUGAAGUCUUUAAAAGGAAAAGUGAUCAGUGAUAGUGCUAGCAAUUCCAGUUGCUCUUUCAGAAACAAAGACUUUCCAUUUCUUCCCUGCUCACCUCCAAAAGAUGUUCACAAUGAGAAUACAGUUUUACCCUCUAGCUCAAAAACAAAUAACCUUCAUAAUUUUGGUACAAUAGGUAGCCUUGCACAGAAUGCAAAUAUCAUGGAUGAACGAAAUAGGCCUAUUGCCAGUGCAGUGAUAGUAACAGAUAAAGGAGAGUUACAAAAGGAACACAAGGCUGCCUUCUGCCAUUUGCCACUCCAGAAAUUGUCGCAGUGUCAAAUAACAGAGACUCGACAAAGUUUAAAAACAAAUGUUGUGAAUGAGGGGGUAGUAUCUGUGUAUAGUGCUGGAGGUGCUCAGAGUUUCUGCAGCCCAUACACAUUUUUACAACAUUGUAGCUCAUCCUCAGAAAGCACAACUUAUUCUUCAGAAUCUCAAGGCAGGUCUUUAGGAAGUCAGUCGACCUCUAAUAAAGAAACAAAAAAAAUAAUUAGGAAUUUAACAGACGACCUUGAUUCAUCACCAGGAAAAUCAUUGUUAUCUUCUGUGAAUACAUCAUCUACUCCUGUUUUGCCCACAGCCUUAACUUUUAAGUCUGUUAACUGGACAAAAGAAGAGGACCGAACUAUUCUGACCAUAGUACAACAAAAGGGUGCUACUGAUGCUGUCUUUCAAGAAAUAGCUGGGGCUCUUCCUUCAAGAAACUAUCAUGAGGUAUUUGAACGCUUCAAUGUACUGGUGAGGUUAAUGCUGGAUGAAACUGAUAUAGAAGAUUGUAUGUCUAUUAGCAGUGAAGAUAGUACAAUAUAAAUUUUAGUGAUUUUUGUUUUUCAAAGGUCUUUUAAGAUUUAUAUUUUAACAAAAAACUUUUGAUAUUAAAGUACUGUACAACAUUCAGUUUGUA